AUGUUCCACAAGGCUUCAACCAAGGACUACUCAUACCCAACCAAGUCAAGAUUGGGAUAUGAAGGAAAUGCUCCAACAACUUUUACAAGGGCAAGCCAAAGAGUAUGCCCAAGCAGUUACACUAAGAAGUGGGAGGCAAUUCCAAGUAGAGGUAGCCCACCCCAAAUCGCUGUGGACAUCGAUGACGAGGAAGGGGAGGAUUUAGUCGACUAUGCUGAUAACUCGACCCGAACUCGAUCGAGCUGGAACAAAACCCUGAACCAGAACUCGAUCGAGCUGGAGAAACUGAGACACUGCAAGACAAACCAGAGCUCGAUCGAGCUAGAGAAGAGCAGACAAAGCAAGCUCCAGCCAACCAGCUAA